AUGUUUUGGAGAUUUGGCGGCUACGCCAACAUCUCCACUAUCGAUACCCUCCUCGAGAAGGCUGACUUUACCCUCGAGAAUCUACUGGACGAAGGCGAGCUUCUCCACGAGAUUAAGCAACACAAUGCAAAGCUCAUCGAAUAUCUGCGCGACGAGCCAGUCUUAGAACAGCUCCUUCACUACGUGGUUGCCCCUAAACUUGAACCUGUCCUCGCUUCGGAGAAGGACGAUGCGUCAGACAAUGAAAAGGCCCCAUCUACCCCCUUCCCUUUCACGCGCUCGCGCGCGUCAUCUAGGGCGAUGAGCGAUGUUGGCGAUGAUGAUGGCGAGAAGAAGCGCAAUCGAUACGCCUAUGUCGCCUCCGAGGUGCUUGCUUCAGACACUUGGUCUAUCUACGAAGCCCUGAUGGAAAAUGGCGGCCUGAUUCGCAACUUCUGGCAAUUUCUGAAGCGCCCCUCCCCGCUUGAUCCUUUGCAGGCAUCGUAUUUUACCAAAGUGAAUGAGGCUCUCUUCGAGAAAAAGACAGAGGAGAUGAUCGAACUGCUCAAGAGCUUCCCCAACGCCGUCUCAGACCUCCUAAGCCAUGUGGAAUGCCCCAUGAUCAUGGACCUGCUUUUGAAAGUGAUCGCCCUCGAUAGGACCGAAGGCGGCCACGGCAUUGUCGAGGUUAGUUUCCUACCGCCCUCCCUGACCCUCCGUUCUUUAUAUGCGCUCUAG